AUGGUACCCAAACUUGGAGUGGACCAGCAGAGCUCACAGGUUCCCAGUAAUCAGUCUGCCCAGCAGCAUCAAACACACCUGGAAUCCAUAUUUAUGCUGCUGGAGGACAACAUCAUCACUUUUGUGAAGAACGAGCUGAAGAAGAUCCAGAAGGUUCUGAGUCCAGAUUACCCAGAAUGCUUAGAGAGUCAGAGGAGCAGCAGCAGAGAGGCAUUUGUGAAGAUCACAGUGGACUUCCUGAGGAGAAUGAAGCAGGAGGAGCUGGCUGACAAUCUGCAGAGGAAACAUCUUGCUGAAGUUUGUCAACGUAAACUUAAAUCUAAGCUGAAAAAGAAGUCUCAGUGUGUCUUUGAGGGGAUUGUGAAAACAGGAAACCCAAGUCUUCUGAAUCAGAUCUACACAGAGCUCUACAUCACAGAGGGAGGGACUGCAGAGGUCAGUGAUGAACAUGAGGUCAGACAGAUUGAAACAGCAUCCAGGAAACCAGACAGACCAGAAACAACAAUCAGACAAGAAGACAUCUUUAAAGCCUCACCUGGAAGAGAUGAACCAAUCAGAACAGUGCUGACAAAGGGAGUGGCUGGCAUUGGGAAAACAGUCUUAACACAGAAAUACAGCCUGGACUGGGCUGAAGACAAAGCCAACCAGGACAUCCAGUUCAUAUUUCCAUUCACUUUUAGAGAGCUGAAUGUGCUGAAAGAGGAAAAGUUCAGCUUGGUGGAACUUGUUCAUCACUUCUUUACUGAAACCAAAGAAGCAGGAAUCUGCAGCUUUGAAGACUUCCAGGUUGUGUUCAUCUUUGAUGGUCUGGAUGAGUGUCGACUUCCUUUGGACUUCCACAAAACUACAAUCCUAACAGACCCUAGAAAGCCCACCUCAGUGGAUGUGCUGCUGAUGAACCUCAUCAGGGGGAAACUGCUUCCCUCUGCUCACCUCUGGAUAACCACACGACCUGCAGCAGCCAAUCAGAUCCCUCCUGAAUGUGUCGACAUGGUGACAGAGGUCAGAGGGUUCACUGACCAACAGAAGGAGGAGUACUUCAGGAAAAGAUUCAGAGAUGAGGAGCAGGCCAGCAGGAUCAUCUCCCACAUCAAGACAUCACGAAGCCUCCACAUCAUGUGCCACAUCCCAGUCUUCUGCUGGAUCACUGCUACAGUUCUGGAGGAUGUGCUGGAAACCAGAGAGGGAGGACAGCUGCCCAAGACCCUGACUGAGAUGUACAUCCACUUCCUGGUGGUUCAGGCCAAAGUGAAGAAGGUCAAGUAUGAUGGAGGAGCUGAGACAGAUCCACACUGGAGUCCAGAGAGCAGGAAGAUGAUGGAGUCUCUGGGAAAACUGGCUUUUGAUCAGCUGCAGAAAGGAAACCUGAUCUUCUAUGAAUCAGACCUGACAGAGUGUGGCAUCGAUAUCAGAGCAGCCUCAGUGUACUCAGGAGUGUUCACACAGAUCUUUAAAGAGGAGAGAGGACUGUACCAGGACAAGGUCUACUGCUUCAUCCAUCUAAGUUUUCAGGAGUUUCUGGCUGCUCUUCAUGUCCAUCUGACCUUCAUCAGCUCUGGACUCAAUCUGCUGGAAGAACAACAAACAACCUUCCAGAAGUCUGAAACAACAGAAUCUGGAGAAACACACAUAUACCAGAGUGCUGUGGACAAGGCCUUGCAGAGUCCAAAUGGACACCUGGACUUGUUCCUCCGCUUCCUCCUGGGUCUUUCACUGCAGACCAAUCGGAAUCUCCUACGAGGCCUGCUGACACAGACAGGAAGUAGCUCACAGACCAAUCAGGAAACAGUCCAGUACAUCAAGGAGAAACUCAGUGAGAAUCUGUCUGCAGAGAAAAGCAUCAAUCUGUUCCACUGUCUGAAUGAACUGAAUGAUCGUUCUCUGGUGGAGGAGAUCCAACAGUCCCUGAGAUCAGGAAGUCUCUCCACAGAUAAACCAUCUCCUGCUCAGUGGUCAGCUCUGGCCUUCAUAUUGCUCUCAUCAGAAAAAGAUCUGGAUGUGUUUGACCUGAAGAAAUACUCUGCUUCAGAAGAGGCUCUUCUAAGGCUGCUGCCAGUGGUCAAAGCCUCCAACAAAGCUCUACUGAGUGGCUGUAACCUCUCAGAGAGAAGCCUUGAAACCUUGUCCUCAGUUGUUAGCUCUCAGUCCUCUAGUCUGAAAGAGCUGGACCUGAGUAACAAUAACCUACAGGAUUCAGGAGUGAAGCUUCUGUGCGUUGGGAUAGGAAGUCAACACUGCAAACUAGAAACUCUAAGACUUAGUGGCUGUAACCUGUCAGACAGAAGCUGUGAAACGCUGUCCUCAGUGCUAAGCUCCCAGUCCUCUAGUCUGACAGAGUCGGACCUGGGUAACAACAACCUGCAGGAUUCAGGCCUGACGCUUCUAUUUUCUGCAGCGGAAAGUGCAAAGUGCACACUGGGAAUUCUCAGGGCGGAGCCUGCUGGAGUCCGAUGGUUGAGACCAGGUCUGAGGAAGUAUUCCUGUCAACUCACAAUCGACACAAACACAGUGAACACAAAGCUCCAACUGUCUGACAACAACAGGAAGGUGACACAUGUGGAGGAGGUUCAGUCAUAUCCUGAUCAUCCAGACAGAUUUGAUGUUCAUCCUCAGCUGCUGUGUAGAAAUGGUCUGACUGGUCGCUGUUACUGGGAGGUCGAGUGGAGAGGAAGAGUUUAUAUAUCAGUGAGUUACAGAAGAAUCAGAAGGAAAGGAGACAGUGAUGACUGUGGGUUUGGACUCAAUGAUCAGUCCUGGAGCCUGAUCUGCUCUGAUAAUGGUCCUUGUUCUGUCCUUCACAAUAACAGACAAACAUCCAUCUCCUCCUCCUCCUCCUCCUCCUCCUCUGUCUCUAACAGAGCAGCAGUGUAUGUGGACUGUCCUGCUGGCACUCUGUCCUUCUACAGAGUCUCCUCUGACACUCUGAUCCACCUCCACACCUUCAACACCACAUUCACUCAAACUCUUUAUCCUGGGUUUAGUCUCAGGUCUCGUGGUUCCUCAGUGUCCCUGUGCUGA